AUGGAUUUCAAAAGGAUAGCUUAUGUCUUGAAAGCACCUCUUCCACUCGAUAUUGCACCCAAUGCUCCUCAAGAUAAGCUAUAUGCUCUUGAAAAAUGGAAAGAGGAUAGUGGGAGGGCUUGUUAUUACAUGCUUGCUUCAAUGAGCAGAGAACUUCAAACUAAGCUUGAAAAAGUUUUACAUGCUUAUGAUAUCCUCGUAGCUCUACAAGAGUUAUACAGCGAGAAUCCAAGAGUGGUUGACUAUAAGUUGUGUGCUUUCCUUUUUAACAUGAAGCUAAGGGAUAUAAUACCUCCAGAAGAUCAUACAGUUAAGAUAAUCAAUGGAUUAGGAUAG